AUGCCCGCCUCCGAUAUCACCAUCGACCUGGACCGGAGCUCAACUCCGUUUCCGAGAUCUCGCCGCUCUGAGAGAGCCCACGAGCAGGUCGAGGACUUCAACCGGCGCAACUCCUCGCCUCGGAGAUUUACCUCCACCCCGACCAGAAGCCGCAGGCUGAGCCCCAGCCCGACUCGAUAUCGUUCUGCCGCCACAAUCGCUCGCAGCCCUCCCAGAUAUCGUUCCCCUACCAGGAUCACUAGCGCUCCCCGCCCCCGCAGGAUCAGCCCUAGUCCUCUUAGAUAUCGCUCCCCUACCCGACUCCCUAGCUCCACUUUCCGCCGUGCUCCCUCCCCCUCUCCCUAUUUCAAGGAGACCCGUAUCACUGAGGCUCGUCGCACUACCACGUACCACCUUACGAGCCCGGUGAGCCGCUACACCGAGACUCGCACGACGUACCGCAUUCCUAUCUCCAGACCUCGCACUCCUCCUCGUGGCUUGAUUGACAGCCCCAGUCGGCGUAUCACAUCGCCGCGUCUUGUCGAUAUCAGGUCUUCUUCGGAGAUCUAUAGCUCGUCUCGUCGAUAUGACUCGUACCCUGGCCGCUCCACCGAUAGAAGCCUGUUCACCCGUCGCUAUUAG